UGAAGAUGGAAGAGGGCUCGAUGGUUCCGCAUGCGGUCUUCAUCGUGCUGGCCAUUCUGAGUUCGGCCCUUUCAGAUGUCUUCACAGUGGCCGCAGCGGGACACCUGACAGGCUUUGAGGAUUUGUUUCAGACGACCACAUGGAAUGUUUCAGACACGUUCUCCAUAGAAGUGACCCUGGAUCACUGGGUCAGUUCAACUUGGAUUAUGUUGACUGCCUGGAGUGCUGGAUGGCUCUUUUAUGCACUUACCACAGUCAUCCGGAGGAAUGCACUUGGCCCAGUAUGCUGCAACCCUGAAAUACAUCCCCCAUCAUUUUAUUUGAUUUGGAUUUUAAUCAAUGUUCUGAGGAUCAGCUGGCUUUUCCUUUGGGACAGACAAUACAUUAUCAGAUCUCUUGGCUUGAAAAUCCUCAUUCCAUUCUCCACCUACGUAAUGUUGUUUGUUUCUUACCGCAACCUUCACCAGCAUCAGUCGUGGUUUGCUACAAACAGUCCAAAUGAAAUAUGGUUCAUUCGCUUCAUGACACAAAAUGGGCUGGCCCUGUUUGCAACAUUGAGCUCCAUAGAGGCCCUGAUAAACAUGGGGGUGGCUCUAAAGUACAGUGCUGGCCUUCAGGACCCUCUUGUCAGCACUGUAGUCCUCACUGUGCUGUUUGUAGGGCUGCUUGUGUGGUUUACUUUUGAAAGUUUCAUCUUUGAGAAGUACACCCGCUAUACCUUCACGGUAUACCCUGUGGUGGUUCUUUGCCUGGGUGCAAUGUUCACAAGAAGCUAUCGUGUGAACGACAUAGCGCUGAACACCAUUUAUUGUGGUUUCCUGAUGAUUGCUGCCACCAUUCUGAACACCAUCCGGUUGAUUGCAGCCUGCUUUUACACAGACAAGAAGCCCACAUUUCUUUCCCGAUCUCCCAUUCCCCUAACGGACAGCUGUGAGACUGUGUACCAGGUCAAGGGCAAGGAGGGGGCCAAGGGCAAGUUUGGGAUUGUAAACAACCAGUUCUCUGAGAAUUAAGGAACAACCGUGCUGAUCGCUUAAUCAUUUGUAGUUUAUUUACUCAGACACUCAGAUACAGAAGCGGCAUCUCUGCACUUCCUUUUGGUCAACAAUACGGUAACUACAGAUAAACAUUUAAGGUAUGUCUUCUUCAUGCUUUCAAAAACCUCAGUUGCACUGGAAGUAAUUGUUUUUUCAGUGAAAGCCUUCAUUGCAAUGUUUUGAAGCUAACCGUUGCUUUGCUUUGAUGCUUUGAAAAUAAAUCCAAUCUGAGCCAUCCCGCUGUUCUUAAACACCACUGGAAAAAGGUAUGCCCUUGCAUUAGUUAACAUCCUAGUAUGGAAAUAGCUUCUCAAUGUUAUGUUUAUGUGCAUUCUUGUGUGAAGCUUGACUUCUUAUUCAAUGUGGUCUUUUAGACUAAAAUGUCACUUGGAAACCAGCAAUGGCAUGGGCAUAAAAUAUUUGAAUUCUGUUAGGAAGGGAACACAAUUUCCAAUCAAUUUCAUUUAUGUGUAAGUGUGGCAAAAUUUUUUAUCAUAUAAACCCUUCUUGUUUCAGAGGAAAAAGAUCCCCCUAUUAAAUUUUUGCCUGAUGGAUUAACAAAGCAGUUGACAAAUACUGUAAAUAUUCAUUGCCACAGAGGUUCCUGUGUUAUAUUAACCCUUUUCUCAACAAAUCCAUUCAUUUUGUGCCUGCCAAAGCUCUGGGGAUUUUGAGGGUUAAAGAUGUAAUUAAUAAAACCUUUAUUUCAUCACAUCAUGCACAGUCCAUCAUGGUUUGUGUAGACUUAGUUAUUCUCUGUUUGACCUAACUUAAUUGUUUGGCUUUAAUCGUUAAUGUAACUUCCUCUCUGGAGCAGUAGGGGGAAGCAUUGCUUAUGUGUCUUCAUCAAAAUACAGUAUAUAAUGUACAGGUUUGGCUCCACUACAACGAAUAAAAGUCACAAGCUUU